GGUCAGUCAAGUCAGUCAAGUCAGCCAGUCAGGUCAGUCAGGUCAGUCAGGUCAGUCAAGUCAGACAGGUCAGACAGGUCAGUCAAGUCAGCCAGGUCAGUCAGGUCAGUCGGGUCAGUCAGGUCAGACGGCGAUGAUUCCAUCAGCUGCUGCUUCCAUUCCUCAGCCACCUCGCGUUCAGGACAGUGACCUCAGAGACGAUGCGGCCAUGCAAAGGGUGCUCUUGUGUCUCCAGAAACUGUGUGAAGACAACAAAGAAAUCCUGGUUGGACUGACUCAGCUUCAGUUCGGCGAGUACCUGGGGGAACCUUGUUAUGCUGCUGCAGCUGCACAGCUCCCCCUAGCGGCCAACCUCCCUUCUGCUCUGCCAUGGAAGUAUAAACGUGGCGACUUUGAUGUGCUUCUCAUUCACCGACAUUUCGGUUUAGUCACGUGCGAGGUGAAGGCCUUUGGUGACAACACACAGGCUCUGAAUAUGUCGAAGGACGAUAAAGACAAAAACAUCAGAAAGAAGCUGACAGAGGCCGUGUCACAGCUGGACAAGGCGGAGGCCAUGUUGUCUCACCUGGUGUCCGACAUCGCUCCCGGUCUGCCCGUCACUAAGGUCAUCGCCUUCCCCAACCUCACGGCUGACGAGGUUCAACAGGCCAUAUCCGGCGACCCCCAGCUGACUCAGGACCUAUGUCGGUGUCUGGGAACAACAGAUCCCUUCAACAUCCCAGGUCUGUGUCUGAAUUUGUUGACAAACACUUUUUGGAAAGCCCUUGUAGAAAUUCGAGAGUGCUAUACUGCUGUCAUCACACUCUUCCCGGAGCAAGUUCACCUGCUACACACGGCGCCUCCCACACUCUUUGUCACCGGACCGCCCGGUACAGGUAAAACUGUGGUGCUGCUGAUGAUGGGUAUAAAAUGGCUGCUUGAUGGUCACCCUGUCUACAUUAUUAGUAGUUGUCCUAAAAGUCUUGCAGCGAGCACCAUGAUGUAUCACCUGUUGCUGCAGACAGUAAAGACACAACAGUCAGCAGGUGUAUCAACAGGUCAGCCACACCUCCUGCAGUAUUAUCAUAAUUUCAACGAUAACGACGCGGAGAAAGCCGCCAACAACUUGUCGCAGGCAGCAAGAGGAGGGUCGUUGUACGUCAUCGCUGAUGAAGUGAGCGGGGUAGACUUCCCCACUGUGUGUGACAAGCUGCUGACACAAGUUCCUCAUCUUCAUCUGUGGGCGGCAAGUUGUAACCAUAGACCUGGAUUCGCCAGCUGGCCAGUGGAAUAUUUAACCAGACCCCUCCGCUCUCCACCGGCCGUCGUCAGGGAAGUCGAGCAGGACGAGGUGAUCACUGAGUACCGUAAUGUCCUGCCGUACAGUGAGCGAGGUGUGGCCAACCACACAGACGGCCCGCCAGUCAAACGAGUAGAUCACCGAGGUGAAGGUCACUCAGAUUUCACUCCAGCUAGGUGUGUGACGUGCGGUCGUGACGUGGCCAGCUUCCUACACAGUCUUCGUGUUGGUGUUACAGAGAAUGUCACGACAACAGCCACGACCGUCACCUCCACCAACGGCGGCACAACAUCGCCCUGCCUGCAGUGGAGAGACGUGCUGGUGUUGGCAUUAUAUAACAUGAGUGACGACUCGGGUAUGGUGAAGGGACUUCAAGAAGCGGGUAUCCCAGUGCGGAUGAUGACGGACGUUGAUAUUGAUGACGUGGCCACGGCCCGCAGUGACGUGGUGUGGGUGACGGAUGCACAACGUGUUUGUGGUCUGGAGAGAAAAGUCAUCGUCUGUCUGGGGAAUUCUACUUAUGCUGGGUUCUACUCUAUGGCCAGGUGUACGUCACAACUUGUGAUUGUCUGCGAUGUAAACGAUCCGAAAAGUGUCUGACGGCAUCACCUCGUGACGUCAUACACAUGCUGUGUAUGACAGAAUUACUUACAACAGGAGGUGCAGUCGGUGUCUCUCUUCAUACAGCACUAGUGUAGACAUCAACCCUAUACAAUGAGUGUUGUUUGCACAACAACUAGUAUUAACAACAUUAUACGACAGACAGACUGGGUCUUGUAUACUUAACCUUAAGGUGAGGGUUAGAGGGUGAGGUUGAUGACCUCCUGUUACCACAAGACUGACCAGUAAACAGUUACAUCUAAAAUGUUGGCUAGUAAACCCCAAAUCAAGAUUGUUUAGCAACAAAAAGUAAUCAACAUCCUUAGAAUGAGUGUUUGUUAGAAAUAACGUGUCAGCACUCAAUCGUUUGAGUGUUGACGUUCUGCACUGUUGUUGUUGUUGUUGUUGUUGUUGUUCUUGCAAUGUAGCAGAUGUAGAUAUGUGUCGAAGCAUAGCUUAUUCAACCAACAUCAACUGUCAUCACUUGUCUCUACAUGUUACUGAGCCAACACUGCAACCUGGAGUCAACCGACACACUAUAGACAUAAAAACAAUAACAUAUUGAAAUGUCAUUAUGAUCUUUAUUAUGUAGCACACACGUGUGGCAAACCAACGAACAAGAACUAUUGCUGUUUACGAACUUUGUUCAUUGAAAAAAAAAUGUACCAACAAAUUGUAGUCGACUUAUCCAGUAGAUAUGAUGCGCUCUGUUGACGCACUUCACUACAACACAAUCACCACAAACAUCUCAGGCAGCCAUGGGACCUCCAUUGCCCUCCUGCAUGAACUAGCGGCGCAAAGUUUCUGUCAUCUCCUGGCCUCCUGUUGUCCCUGGCAACAACUCAUUAGGAGCAUCCUCUUCGCUGUCCUGCUCUGCCCAUGCUGUCACUUGCCGGUGUACGUCACAACUU